UUUUCCACUCCUGGCUACUUCCCCGAUUUAAUCGGCGAUUCAUUCUUACAGCUUCCGCUUUCCGUCGCACUGUCUCCCUCCUCCACUCGCUUUCCUCCUACAUUGUUUUUCUCUCUCUAAAACUGAAAUUCAACCUAAAUGCAUUUCAAAUAAAUGUUAAUCUCAGUUGCAUCAAUUCCACCUUUCGCCUCCGCCGCGAACUUUCGACCCGUACGGUAACUCAUCACUUCUCCACCGGAUUGAACACCUCUCAGUGUAUGGAAUGACGGACUGCCGAUUACCAUCGGUCAUGAAUUUCUGGGCGGAUGAGAACGCGUCGAUGAUGGACGCAUUUAUGAGCACCGAUCUGAAUUCCUUCUGGGUUACGCCGCCGCAGCCACAGCAACAGCAACAGCAACUUCCUCAGCAGCCGUAUGCCUCUGUUUCUGCUGCGUCGGACCCGAGUAAAGGUGUCGGUCAAUCGUUACCGCCGUCGUCUAUGGCGGUUUUCAACCAGGAGACUCUCCAGCAGCGCCUCCAAGCUUUGAUUGAAGGCGCUCAGGAGAGCUGGACUUACGCUAUCUUCUGGCAGUCUUCGUAUGACUGCUCCGGCGCCACCGUCUUGGGCUGGGGCGAUGGGUACUACAAAGGCGAAGAAGAUAAAGGCAAAGAAAAGGCCAAAUCGAGUACCUCAAAAUCAGAGCAGGAGUACCGUAAGAAAGUCCUUCGCGAGCUCAAUUCUCUCAUUUCUGGUUCACCUACCUCUGAAGACGACGCCGUCGACGAGGUUGUCACCGAUACCGAGUGGUUCUUCUUGGUGUCGAUGACUCAGUCGUUCGUCUCCGGCGUCGGUUUACCGGGACAGGCGUUUUUCGACUCAAACCCUAUUUGGGUUGCGGGUUCGGAUCGGCUUGCGGGGUCGUUCUGUGAACGAGCCCGUCAGGGUCAGGUUUUCGGGUUGCAGACGGUGGUUUGUAUUCCGUCGACGAAUGGAGUCGUGGAAUUGGGGUCGAGUGAGUUGAUAUGCCAGAGCUCCGAUCUGAUGAAUAAGGUUAGGGUUUUGUUCAAUUUCAAUAAUCUGGAGGUUGAAACCUGGCCAAUUAGUGGUGUUGACCAAGGGGAGAAUGACCCAUCUUCGCUUUGGAUCACUGAGCCAUCAAACGCCAUUGAAAUUAAGGACCCUGCGACUGUGAGUAGUAACAACAACAACAACAACAACAAUCCUGUGGCUUCUGCUCCAACUCCGACCACCACAAACAGCCAGCCGAUUUCCAAAAUUACAUCACAGAUUGAAACCCCCAAAUCAAGCGUUGUUACUGAAACUCCAACCUCUGUUCCUCCUUCUCAAAAUAGCCACCGACAGUCGCAGGCGGUUCAGACACAGAGCUUCUUUACCAGGGAAUUGAACUUCUCUGAAUUUGGGUACGAUAAUAGCAGCUUGAAGGAUGGGAACUCACAUUCUCUCAAGCCGGAGUCCGGCGAGAUUCUGAACUUCGGUGAGAGCAAGAGGAGUUCCUUUCCCAAAACAGAUACCUUGCCGUCGGGCAAUUCCCAAUUUGGAGCAGAUGAGAAUAAGAAGAGAUCCCCUCCUUCACGUGGGAGUAACGAAGAGGGGAUGCUUUCUUUUACUUCUGGUGUGAUUCUUCCAUCCUCAGGCGCUUUGAAAUCGGGUGGUGGCAUUGGCGAUUCCGAUCACUCCGACCUUGAAGCUUCGGUGAUCCGUGAGGUGGAGAGUAGUAGAGCGGUGGAGCCAGAGAAACGGCCUCGCAAACGGGGGCGAAAGCCUGCAAAUGGUAGAGAAGAACCAUUGAAUCACGUUGAGGCGGAGAGGCAGAGAAGAGAAAAGCUAAACCAAAGAUUCUAUGCUCUUCGAGCUGUGGUUCCAAAUGUAUCAAAAAUGGACAAAGCUUCACUUCUUGGUGAUGCUAUCUCUUAUAUCAAUGAGCUCAGAGGGAAGCUUCAAACUGCAGAAUCAGAUAAGGAGGAUUUACAGAAGCAAUUAGAUUCAGUCAAGAAGUUGAUGAUGUCUAAUAAAGAUUCAUGUAUAUCAACCUCAAAUCAACCUCCGCCAGAUGAAGACAUUAAAGCAUCAAACAUCCAUGGAAACCACAGUGGUAUUGAAACCGAUGUCGAUGUGAAGAUAAUCAGUUGGGACGCAAUGAUCCGAAUCCAAUCUAGCAAGAAAAACCAUCCAGCUGCACGGCUAAUGGCAGCUUUAGAGGAACUGGACUUGGAUAUCAAUCACGCUAGCAUUUCAGUGGUUAAUGAUCUGAUGAUCCAACAAGCCACUGUCAAGAUGAGCCGAUUAUACACUCAGGAGCAGCUAAGGUUAGCUCUUUCGUCGAAAUUAGGCGCACCUCGGUAGCCAUCCUUGUCUCCUUCACUGUGUUAUCUGAAGUAGCAUUGGUUUAGAUGAGCUCCGGCUGAUGUGCAAUAUGCUAAUGGCGUAAGCUCUGUAAUAUACUGUUGUCUACUUGUUGUUAGGUAGUGUCGUCUUAGUAUUUAUGUGAUCCUGAGAUGAUUCACAUGAAGGAGUUAUGUGAAGACUUUUAUUGUGUAUAUACAAAGCCAUAAAUGUGAACCCCUGCAGGUUGAUCUUUUGCAGAUGA